CCCGGGGGCGCGCGGCAGGCGUGACCACGCCCCUUACGUCCGGACGCUAGGUCGCCUCGGGCGGCCCUGUAAUCGCCGCCCAGAAAGAAGGAGGGCGGCUGUGCAAGGAGCUGCUAUGGUGCUGAGUUCCCGGGCAGAGCCGACCCGGACGCGGCGGUCGCGGCCAUGAAGGCGGGUGCCACGUCUAUGUGGGCUUCGUGCUGUGGGCUGCUGAAUGAAGUCAUGGGGACCGGAGCUGUCAGGGGCCAGCAGUCAGGAUUUGCAGGAGGUACCGGUCCAUUCAGAUUUACACCAAACUCUGAUUUUUCUGCUUACCCACCAGCACCUACAGAAGGGCCUAAUAUAGUUUGCAAAGCCUGUGGACUUUCAUUUUCAGUCUUUAGAAAGAAGCAUGUAUGUAGUGACUGCAAGAAAGAUUUUUGCUCCGUUUGUUCGGUCCUUCAAGAAAAUCUCCGUAGAUGUUCCACUUGUCACUUAUUACAAGAGACGGCCUUUCAGCGCCCUCAGUUAAUGCGGCUCAAAGUGAAGGAUCUGCGGCAGUAUCUCAUUCUUAGAAACAUACCAACAGAUACGUGUCGGGAGAAAGAAGACUUGGUAGAUCUAGUACUGUGCCAUCGUGGGCUGGGCUCCGAGGACGACCUGGACACGAGCAGUCUGAAUUCCUCCAGGUCCCAGACCUCGAGCUUUUUCACGCAUUCACUUUUUUCAAACUACACAGCCCCAUCAGCUACUGUGUCUUCGUUUCAGGGAGAGCUUAUGGGUGGAGACCGGACCUUCGGAUCUGGAGCGCUGGGACAGGUGCAAAGUGAAGUAGCCUCAGCAAACACAGAAGAUGAAGAUGAUGACGAUGACGAGGAUGAUGACGAGGAUGAUGAUGAUGAAGACAACCUGGAGGAGCAGACACCUGGCCUGGCUAAGAAGAGAGUGAGAGCUUCUCUGUCUGACCUGUCAAGCCUGGAAGACGUGGAAGGGAUGAGCGUGCGCCAGCUGAAGGAGAUCCUGGCUCGGAAUUUUGUCAACUAUUCUGGCUGUUGUGAAAAAUGGGAGCUGGUGGAGAAAGUAAACCGGUUAUACAAAGAGAAUGAAGAAAACCAGAAGUCAUAUGGUGAGCGGCUGCAGCUGCAGGACGACGAGGACGACAGCCUGUGCCGGAUCUGCAUGGACGCCGUCAUCGACUGCGUCCUGCUCGAGUGCGGGCACAUGGUCACCUGCACCAAGUGUGGCAAGCGCAUGAGCGAGUGUCCCAUCUGCCGGCAGUACGUGGUGCGCGCCGUGCACGUGUUCAAGUCCUGAGGCCCAGGCUCCCCCGCCGGGCACUCGCCCCCAAGCUCCCACCCAGACAUUUCAAUGCACGGAAGGGACUAGAAACUUACUGUUCAGAAGCCGAAGCUAUUUUAAAAUUAUUUUCAUUACUAUCGGGAGAUGGAAAGAUUCAUCCUAAGUUGCGGCAGCUUUGGCCCACGCCACGCGCCUGUCGGCCCGAGGACAGGCCGAGUCUCCCAGGCCCUGCCGGGCCUCCUCACGUCUGUGAUCACUGGUUGCAGAAGUCAGACUGCUUAGUGGCAUCAGCUACUGCUCUUUGGAGGACACUGAUCCUGUUCUCUUAUUUCUCCUUCAUCCUAUUUUUAACUUAAACUACUCAGAUGUUUGAAACUUCUGCUCUCUUUGGAUGAGAUCACUGUCUGCAAGUGGCCGACACGGUACACGCUGAGCAGUGGCACCUCUGAAUGUUCAUUUUAUUAGUCAUGUGUAUUUUAAAUGCUACUAUUUGAUGAAUGUAAGUUUCCACAUUGUUGCUAUUUCUGCGUUUAAACGUAAUUGGGAACAACUGACAUUCUAUAGUCAACUGCCAGGGCCUUAGACUAAACAUGUCCAUUUCUGUUCAGGUACAGCUUUUUAUAGCAAGGGCUGCAUCUAGCUUCUUUCAUUAGACAAGUGUGUGUGUCACAUUCUUUAUUGACGUGUAAUCAGUUUACACUGUUUUGUAUAGUGAAAGUGUAUUUUCAGUGCUACCCGCUAGCUAAUUUGAACUUUAGGAAUAAAAUUAGAUUUUAAAAAAUGCUUUU